GAUCAUUACCUCUAAACUUCAAACAUUAAACACAAAGAAAGAAAGAAAAUGUCAAGUGCCAACCACCAUAACCAUCACCAUAAUAAGCAUCACCACAAUGGUUGGAAUACCUCAAAUAAUAAUGAGGAUUACCAAUAUGUUACAUACAAAGUAGAACCUCAACCUCAAUUUCAACCUCAGAUGUACAUAGUUAGCCCUCUUCCUCCUCCAACCUAUCACUAUGUGCAGUACAAGAGUGAUUAUGAGGAUGUUAGGCCGUCAGAGCGCAAUUUCUCGGGCCUUCGGUUUAAUGACACCGGUUAUCAGGCUCAAGAAGAAAAUGUGGACAAAGAAGCUGAUGAGUUCAUAAAGUUGGAGCAUAAGAAGUUUCAGUGGAGCAGAACUACAACUUACUAGGCCACCUCCUCUGUGUUUUAUGUGUUAAAACAAUAUGUUAAAUUCCAUCAAAUAUUUUAUAGGAAGGAAUGAUGGUUAUUUAUUAGUUUUUAAAAUAAAUUUGAAGCUCUAUAUGUUCUGAUGCUUCUUGAAAGUUUUAUUAUUAUUAUUAUUAUCACAUGUGUAUCUCACUAUGUGUGCUACAAUGAAAAUAUUUCUAUGCUAA